ACACACACACACACACACACUCGGUUCAGCCUGUUGGUGAACGGGACGGAGCGUGUUAGCCUGCUAGCUCGUCAAGACUUCAGGUCCAUUUUCUGUGCCUCGGUGACAGAGGAGGAUAAACCCUGGCGAUACAAAGCUUCUCUGUACGCGUCCCCUUUCUGCUGCUGCUGCUGCUGUGUUUCUCAGCCUAGUCGUUGGCUGUAGCCCCACUGAGAGGUGUUUGGUCCUACUGGCGGGUGGAGCACCUCUCUCCAGCAGCCAUGUCGGGCUUCAAUCUGCUGCAUCUAAUAACCAAGAGCCAGCCUGUAGCUCUGAGGUCCUGCAGUCUUCCCUCAGGAGCACGUAGGACUAAGAAGACAUGGCCAGUGAGCUUCAGUCAGGAGGAGCUGAGGGAACGCCUCACGCCCAUGCAGUACCACGUGACCCAGGAGAGAGGAACUGAGAGUGCCUUCACCGGAGGCUUCACAGAUCACAAAGAUGAGGGGACCUAUACUUGUGUUGUCUGCGGGUCCCAGCUGUUCAGCUCAAAAACUAAAUUUGACUCAGGAUCGGGUUGGCCGUCCUUCUAUGAACUUGUGAAGGAGGAAGCCGUCUCUGUGGCGGAUGAUUUCUCCUAUGGGAUGCACCGAGUGGAGACCACAUGCAGCCAGUGUGGAGCUCACCUGGGACACCUGUUUGAUGACGGACCAAAACCCACAGGUAAACGCUACUGCAUUAACUCAGCCUCGCUGGGUUUCCAGCCCAAAGACGCCGCCGCCUCUUCCUCAACCUCCGGCUCGGCGGCAGAGGGUGGAGCUGCCGGCGGCGCCGUGAGCGAUGAAAAGACAGAGCUCUGAAAGACUCAGGAACCACAGCCGACUGAGGACUGCGCCCGUGUACGGAGAGUUCACUCACGAGCUAGCUUGUGUUUCUGAUUCACAGUGUAAAGACGGAGUGGGUGAAUAUAUUGCAAAAAGAAAGAGCUCAGACACAGAGCAGAGAAAUACUCUCAUGUAUAAUCUAAAGUGCACGCUUCCAAAACAGUCACAGUCAAAGCUGCACACACACUGUAUCAGCUGAUUGCCUUAAAGGGAACUUGCAGUAUUUUCCAACCUGGGUGUUACUCUUUGACUUUUCAGCACUGUGACUAUUGUUCAUGCUAACAUUGUGUUUGAAGUGGGGAAAGGGGAGCAGGUGGAGGACGUGGUUUGCUCCGCAGUUUACCAAAACAGCUACAGGGAGUUCCAACCAACAACUUUCUGUGAACGCUUGAGUAGCCAGACCUCCCUCCACAGAGCUAGACAGGUAUGGAAGCAGCCAGUAUCACUCUGGUAGAGGAGGAUAACACCCAUGUUAAAAAAUAUUAGCGUUUUCCCUUCAUACCCUUUAAUUUCUCCAGUCUGGGUGGUAGCAUUUGGUCUGCUAAUUUGAACAUGGAUGGCGUGCCGUGCAGUAGUAGUAGACACACAAACACACACACACACACACACACACACACACACACACACACACACACACACACACAGACACUCAUAUAUAUAUAAAUAUAUAAAUGUAGAGGGUUGUUUUAUAUUCUAACUAAAACUAUUAUAUUAGAGUAUAUUUUUGAAGUGAUAUUUGAUACUGAGAGGUUUUGAGGAUUUGAUGAAGUCCCCCAUGUAAGUGCUCCUGUUAGCAGUGACCGAGCAUACUGUGACAGAGGGCAUCUUAUUGUGGUGAUGUGGCCUUUAGGUCACUUCCUGUAUUUGUUCCUUCAGCUUGUUUGCAAAUCUUUUCAGUUUGUGUUCACGGCUUGCUUUAAACCAGUUACUGGAUGAAUAAAAUAUACAGAAACACUGUGA